AUCAUAAUUUACAUAUAUAGAUCAUCCGAAUUCAUUCUGCAUGCGUGCAGGUGGGAUCUUGACGCCAUUGGAAAGUUACCUGAUUUUAUGAAAAUCGUCUUCAAAUUAUUGUGGGAUUUUGUCCAAGACAUUGAAAGGGAAGUGAGAUUGGAAGGAAGAUCUUACAGUGCCCAUGGGAUGUUACAUGAGUACAAAAGACUAGCGAGGGCGAACCUUGCAUCUACCAAAUGGGAACGAGCAGCCAUCGUUCCAACGUUCGAGGAGUACUUGAAGGUUGGGAAGGUCGGGUUCGGGGCAGAAGCAGCCUUAGCUUGCGGUUUCAUCUUUCUGGGACAAAUUGCUGGGAAGGAAGCUUACGAGUGGCUCAGAUCCAGACCAAACCUCACCCAGUCUGUCGCUUCAAAGGGGCGCUUCUUGAAUGAUAUUACCGGCUUCCAGGACGACAUGAGCAGAGGGUAUGUCGCCACGGGGAUCAACGUUUAUAUGAAGCAAUAUGGUGUUACAGAAGAAAAGGCCUUUAGAGAGUUUCGUAAAAUGAUAAGGUUUGCGGAUAAGAUCGCGAAUGAGGAGUUCUUGAAUACAACCGUUGUGCCGAGGCAAAUCCUCAUGCAAGUCAUCAACUUUGAACGCGGUUUCAACGCUUCCUACUUUCAAGGUGAAGGAAUCACCAAUUGCACACCAAAAAUGAAGGAGAAUAUCACCUCUUUGUUUGUAGAUCUGAUAAGUCUCUGAAAGACUUGUGAUAUGCGAUUUCUCUCUGUUGUGUUGUUGGAUUGUGAGGCUGAAGAUCUUAAGUUUAAGUUAAAGUUGACAGUUACACGUCGGAUUGUAGUUCUGUUUCUUUACGGUUCAUAAUAAAAAAGACUUUAUAGUUUA